AUGUCAACUAGAAGUAUGAGUGGAAACAGGAGAUCGGAAAGGAAACGCAGAGGUGCUGCUGCGGGUGACAAUAAUAUGGACUUUGAAAGUCCAACAAAAAAAGGAAGUUCGGAAGCGUCAGAUGAAAGUCCACCUAAAAAAGCGCACGGAAUAACAGAUGAAACUCCGUCGAAAGCUUUGGCGAAGGGUCUCGCAUCACUUGAUAUGAAUAGUUCUUCGAAAAAAAAGAAUAUUUUAACACGAAAACAGAGAAACACCCGUCAAGCAUCAGGAGAUGAAAAUGUGAAUCCGAUUCUGCCGAACAUUCCCGAAGAAGUCAGUAGCACUCCGGAAAAGCCAAAAAAGACGACGAAAAAAAAAGGACAAGACCUGUUCUCAGCGAAGGCUUCCGCUACGGGAGAUGUUCUUCCUGAUCCUGAAGCUGCCAUAAAGGCAAUGAGGAAACUACGUGUGAAACCGAUUAAGAUAAAGCUGACGGCUGGUGUUGCCGAUAAGUGCGAAUACAAGAUUAUUGACGCUCAUCCAACCCCCUAUAGAGCUGAGCUUGCCGAGUACUCUGAUGAGGAUAGCACUAAGACAACCGAACGUUCAAGACGGGGUCGAAAGAAUGUGCAGAAACCUACUAAGACCAAAGAGAAGAGUGCUACCUUGUUUGAUUUGAGAAAUCUACUUCAUACUUCUGAAGUUCCUGAGAGAAUGCCGUGCAGAGAGAACGAAUUUCAACAAAUUCAUAGCUUCUUGAGUCAUGCCGUAUCUCCUAAAGGCACAAGUCAAGUUAUGUACAUAAGUGGUGUGCCUGGUACAGGUAAAACUGCCUCAACCAUGGCAGUAAUGAGGAAAAUGGUUUCUGAAGGAAAAAAGUUCAUCUCAGUUUAUGUAAAUGCAAUGGAGCUCAUGGAGCCAAAACUAUUAUAUGUACAGGUUUAUAAUGGAAUUACUAAAAAUACUAAAAAGAUAUCACCUAGCGUAGCUAGUAAUAAACUCAAUGCCAUGUUCCAAGUAUCUGAUAAGAAAAGAUUACCUAUCGUUUUAUUAGUUGAUGAAUUGGAUCAACUCGUUACUAAGAAGCAAGAAAUUGUAUAUGAAGUCUUCAACUGGACUACUCUUGACGAAGCAAGAAUAACUGUAAUUGCGAUCGCGAACACAUUAGACUUCCCUGAGAGAAUGUUAAGUCAUAGGAUUAAUAGCAGAAUGGGAGCUAAUCGUAUGCUUUUCCAACCCUAUUCUUUUGAUCAAAUUUCACAAAUUAUCCGUGAUCGUCUGUCUAUUUUCCCAGAUGAUGUCGUUGCUCCUGAAGCCGUCCAACUAGCGUCCCAAAAGAUAGCUGCUGUCAGUGGUGAUCUUAGAAAAGCCAUGGAUAUUCUUCGAAGAGCUACUGAAAUUGCUAUGGAGAAAGCUUCAACCAAAGUUGAGAUAUCCCACGUGUUGGAUGCUUGUAAAGAAGCUGCCUCAACCGUUAGAGUUGGCUUAGUCUCUAAUCUAUCUAGACAUGCAUUGCUUAUCUUUAAAUGCGUCGUUAAUAAGUUAGGAAUCACUGGACUCGACGAGGUCGUUUUCUACGAUUUGUAUAAAGAAUAUUGCACAAUGUGCCGUAGCUUGGAGAGCAUAGAAGCGUUCCAUAGUGUUGGAGUCCAUUCGAUUGUAAUGCGGAUGUGCAGCAAUCGACUUCUUCUUGCAUCACCGGGAACAAAUAUGAUGAGACGAAGAAUUAGUCUGGGGAUGGAUUCUAGGGAAGCUCAAUUUGCUAUCAAACAGGCUGAUGAUAUGAUCAAAAAUGGACUUAUCACUUACAAGUGCUGA